CAAGAGAGAUGUUUCUAGUGGGAAGCCUCGUCCUCUGUGGGCUGCUGGCCCAGAGCACAGCACAGCUGGCAGGCCUGCCAUUGCCCCUGGGCCAGGGCCUGCCCUUGCCCCUGGACCAGGGCCUGCCCUUGCCCCUGGACCAGGGCCUGCCUUUGCCACUGAACCAGGGCCUGCCUUUGCCACUGGGCCAGGGUCUGCCUUUGGCUGUAAGCCCAGCACUGCCUUCAAAUCCUACAGAUCUUCUGGCUGGAAAAUUCACAGAUGCUCUCAGUGGUGGCCUGCUGUCUGGGGGACUGCUGGGCAUUUUGGAAAAUAUUCCACUCCUGGAUAUUAUAAAGUCUGGAGGAGGCAAUUCUAAUGGUCUUGUUGGGGGCCUGCUUGGAAAACUGACAUCAUCCCUUCCUCUCCUGAACAACAUCCUCGACAUAAAAAUCACUGAUCCCCAGCUGCUGGAACUUGGCCUUGUGCAAAGCCCUGAUGGCCAUCGUCUCUAUGUCACCAUCCCUCUGGGCUUGAAACUCAAAGUGAAUAUGCCCGUAGUUGGAAGUCUUUUGGAAUUGGCCGUGAAGCUGAACAUCACAGCAGAAGUCUUAGCCGUGAAAGACAAUCAGGGGAGGAUUCAUCUGGUUCUUGGUGACUGCACCCACUCCCCUGGCAGCCUGAAUAUCACCUUGCUCAAUGGAGUCACUCCAGUUCAAAACUUUUUAGACAACCUCACAGGGAUACUGACUAAAGUCCUUCCUGAGCUGAUCCAGGGCAAGGUAUGUCCUCUGGUCAAUGGGAUUCUCAGUGGUUUGGAUGUCACCCUGGUGCAUGACAUUGCUGACUUACUGAUCCAUGGACUGCAGUUUGUCUUCAAAAUUUAGGCUUCCCAUGAAGGAAGGCCUACCUUGGUUGAGCUGAAUCAUUUCUUGCUGCUCAGUCUCCCGCCUCUUGCCCAGUCUCCCAUGGCUCACAGAAAGGGGCCCACAUCCUGGAAAAAUUAUGUCU